CUUUCAUCUGGCAGAAAUGGUGGAGAGGUUCUCUACUGCUGUUAAGGUUGAGGAAGACAUCCCAUAUUGUUCUCUGUGUGAGGAGGACAAUCAUGCUAAAGCUGUCAAGUUUUGCACCAUCUGUGGUGUGUUCUACUGUCAGGAAUGUCUUGCAAAUUUCCAUCCAAUGAGGGGGCCUCUAAAACGUCAUCGACUGAUUUCGGCUCUGGAGUACCUCUCCCAGGAAACCUCACAGGGUGAAGUCAGCAGGGACCACCAAUCAACUCAGCAGCCGUUAUGUGCUAGACACGGUCAGCCGUUCGUCAUGUACUGUGAACCCUGUCGGAUGGUGAUCUGUGUGGGUUGUGUGUUUGAGCAUCCGGGACAUGCUGUGCGGGAUAUACCAUCUGCAGCUGAGAAUGACAAGCCAGUUGUUUUGAACAAGACGAGUGAACUGGAGAAAAUGCUACAAGAAACUAAAGAAUCACUGUCAGGAGUUAUGAGGCUGCACAGCAAGAUACAGGAAAACCAGGAACUUCACACUCAGGAGGUAGAAAAGGCUUAUUGUGCAGCCUUGGAAGCUUUACAAGCAUGGAAACAACAGUCCUUAGAUGGCAUAAAAACCCGCUAUUCACAGUGGAGCGUGGAGUGUAGCGCUAUACUCAAACAUUUUCAGCUACAGACCCAGGAAAUGGAGAGGAUGGUACAGGCUUCCAAAGAUUUGUUAGCGUCAAUGGACGUCGAGUUUUUGCAGGGUUCCACAGACUUCACCAAAACAAUUGAUGACCAGCUAAAAGAUAUAAGAGCAGAUCUGGAGAAACAUGAGGUCAGCAAACAGAAGCUUCUAGAUUCUGUACAACAUGACUACGUUGUCCCUAGACAGGUGACUGUAAAAGAACGUCGGGACUUAGUUACAAAGCCGACGCUGAGAUUCACAGAGACAGACGACCGUGAGCUGAGAAUUACUGACAGCGGCUCUAUGGUAGAGGGUAAGGACUUGUCCCAGAUGAGGUGGUGGAGAACUGUGACAGAUGGGCGUUACCAGACGGGCAGGUACUACUGGGAGCUACACAUCACCUGUUCACAUGGCUGUAACUGUGAUGUAGGAGUGACACAAGAGAGGUGUGGUGUGAGGGGGAGGCUAGACCCUGGCCGUAACUCCUGGUACAUUUUGAUGGGGUAUAGUGGUGAUAAGGUCAGGUGUUGUAGUUACCGUGGUGGUGGUGAGAUCAAACCUGACUAUCUACAGUACAGACGUUACACACGACCUCAUCACCUGGGUGUGUACCUGGACUGUGAUGACCACACACUGACAUUCCUGGACUGUGACAACAACCAGGGCUACAAUAAUAACUUGUUCACUCGUCUGGACAACGCUGACUUAGAGCCGGAAACCGUUCCUGAUUGUUUGGAUAUAGACACCAAACACUGCCCGGAUGCCAAACUACUCAUCAGGGCCAUGAAAAGCAAGGAUUACUCCGGCUUCUGGACGGACAAUACGAGCAGCUACGAAGGAGAGAAGGAAAUCAUCCACGUGACCAACGAGCGGAAAUCUCGACUGGAAUCCUUCAGGGCAAUUCCCGAGCGCAAGACGGAAAAAUCUAAGCAACGCUUAGUUUCUUCGUCCAAGGGAGAAAGUUUCCACCAAUAA